AUGAUAUCAGGUUUCAAGCGCAAAGCCUCGGAGGAGGCAGCUUCCCCGGACUCUGGGCCGCAGAUAAUCAAGAAGGCACGCACAGAUUCCCCUGUGAAAGAGCCCGCCGUUCUCGAAGAACGCCGAGGCGACAUUGAAUUCCGUGUCGUCAACAAUGAUGGUUCGCACGAUAGCUUUAUUGUCUUGACAGGCCUGAAGUGUAUUUUCCAGAAGCAACUUCCAAAGAUGCCCAAGGACUACAUCGCACGCCUUGUCUAUGAUCGAUCCCAUCUGUCUAUGGCUAUCGUAAAACAUCCACUGGAGGUCGUUGGAGGAAUCACGUAUCGUCCGUUCAAUUCCCGAAAGUUUGCCGAGAUUGUCUUCUGCGCUAUAUCCUCGGAUCAGCAAGUGAAGGGAUACGGUGCACACUUGAUGUCCCAUCUCAAGGACUACGUGAAAGCCACCUCCCCCAUUAUGCACUUCCUCACCUACGCCGAUAACUAUGCCAUUGGAUACUUCAAGAAGCAGGGCUUUACCAAGGAGAUCACACUCGAUAAAUCAAUCUGGAUGGGCUACAUUAAGGAUUACGAGGGUGGCACGCUCAUGCAGUGCACCAUGCUCCCAAAGAUCCGUUAUCUGGAGAUGGGUCGCAUGCUCACCAAGCAGAAGGAGUCCGUGCAAGCCAAGAUCCGUGCCUUCAGUCGCUCGCAUAUCAUUCAUCCCCCUCCGAAGGAAUGGAAGAACGGGGUGUAUCCGAUCGAUCCUCUUAGCAUUCCCGCUAUUAAAGAGUCCGGAUGGUCACCAGAUAUGGAUGAAAUGGCUCGCCAACCACGCCACGGGCCCAACUACAACCAAUUACUCCACCUGUUGAACGAUAUGCAAAACCACAGUGCAGCCUGGCCGUUUACUCAGCCCGUGAACCGCGACGAGGUUCCAGACUACUACGAGGUAAUCUUGGAGCCUAUGGAUCUGUCGACCAUGGAAGAGAAGCAUGAGAAGGACUUGUACCCGACUCCACAGGAUUUCAUCAAGGAUGCCAUGUUGAUCUUCGACAAUUGCCGACGCUACAAUAACGAGACCACGCCCUAUGCCAAGAGCGCAAAUAAGCUUGAGAAGUUCAUGUGGCAGCAGAUCCGGAACAUUCCGGAGUGGUCGCACCUUGCCGAUAAUCAUUGA